AUGCCACUGAACCCGUUCCGACCGCACGAGGGUCCCCCAGUCUAUCAGGAAGAAUAUCGAAAUACCAGCUACGUACCGAGUGUUAUCGAAACAGCAUAUGGUUUCCAACUUGUCGCACCAGAUACUCCAUAUGUGGCAGCAACUGGUCGAAACAAAUUAUACUUUAUCGACACCCGUUUCGAUAAUGAGACCGCUCAGCAUAUCAAGAAUCAAAUUGAAAAAGCAACCAUACCAAUCCUGGACCAGUGCAUUGUAAUAGACGAGAUUGCGGCCACAGCUAAACGGAGAAAUGGCGAAAAUGGCGAAACGACGUUUGUGUUUGACCCUCUAUAUGCCAGAUUUAUGUUUGCGAAGGGGAUCAACAAGCGCAACCCAGAUAUCAAAUUACCUGAAUAUGAGAAUGAGCCUGAUGGCGAUUGGCUUGUGGCUUGUGGCUUAUGA